AUGGAAGAAGACGUGCCAAAAUAUUUGAGCGUAAUAUGGCUUCUUCUUGGCCUCAUUAUUUGUAUUGGAAAUAUUUUUACCAGCUUUAUAAUGUGGCUAUCAAAAGUUAGUCGUGAAAAGUCGAUAGAACCUGGUCGAAAAAUUCAUGGACUAUGGAAUCUUAUUUGUACGAAUCUCGCUUUCUCUUUGGUCGGGUUGAGUUUGCUUGUAAAUAUGGCGACGCUUUUGGCAAGAAAUAAUGAACUCUCCGAUGGAUUAUGUGACUUCUUUGGUUUCCUGCAUACAUUUGGUUUUAAUUUUGCUGUAGUUGCAAUUCUUGUUGGGCUGCUGGAGAAAAUAUAUCUUUUAUUGAAGCCAUUUGAGUAUCGUAGUUACGUCGGAGGUGAAAGCAAUGUUCCUAUAAUUAUUUUUGUGUGCUGUACAUUAUACGGCAUAUUUAUGGCAAUCAUACCUUUGACGAGACUUGGUAGUUACUACCAAUCAAAAUAUGCAAUUUGUUUAAUACAGUGGCACAAAGAGGCGGCAACUCGAGUGACUGUGUUUUUUAACCUUAUUCUAUUUUUGAUAACUGCUGCGUUUAUCAUCAUAUAUAUGUGGUUAAUGCGGAAAGUUUACGCAAAACGCAGGCAGAUGAGGAUGUCUGUGACUCGACGUAAAGAGACAAUGGUUUUUCAGUUGGUUGUUUCAAGUUCGUUUGUAACUUGUUGGUGCCCAUAUAUGGUAAGUGUCAAUUCAACAUAAAGUAGGCUUUCAAUUUUAUAAUGUUUAAAUACAUGACAGCAGAUGGUGGCAAACUUCAGAAUUGUUGACACUUAAGCCGGUUUUCCACUAGGCGGAAUUUUGCGUGCGGAGCGGAAUUUUUCUUUGUCUUGUGAUUUCUCGGGUGGAACUAAUUAGAAAAGACAAAGAAAGAUUCCGCUCCACACGCAAAAUUCCGCCUAGUGGAAAACCGGCUUUAUGGAAAAGUGUGUGUGUCACUGAAUACAAGAAUAUUGUCAAUAUUAUGUCCAACAAAAUUAAUUUUAACAUUUUCUUACUCUGAUAACUGCCAGUUCACAACUAGAUGCUGCAUGAUAAUACUUCCUGAAACCCACAUAUUGAUUGGGUAAAAUGUAUAGAUGCAGGCCUUGCCCUAGCUCAUGCACCUAACACUCGCCUUAAGGUUACAGAACACCUUUUAGUGUUAAUUUUGCCUAAAUUGUUUUAUUGGUUUCCAUGAAAGCAUUAGACUAAGUUCUACUAUCUGACCAAGAUUGAGUUAUUUAAUAAAAAAAUACAUUUCGCUGCAAUAAAAAAAAAUAUGAAAAUGUAAUAUUCAAAUUCAAUUUUCUCCCUAAGAAUUUUACGGCAAUUACUGAUUUUCAAAUGAGUUGUUCUCCUGCGGGUUUUAACAAUUUUUUCUCAAGACAUAGCUAAAGACAGUCAGUUUCAAAACAGUGUUAUAGGCUUUUUUCUAAUUUUGGAUAUUUUAAUAAUAAGGAGCAAUUCACUCAAAUGAUUCAGAAUUAUAGUGCAGUUGUCAAAGAAAUUGCCAUAUCAGCGGAAUGACAAAAUAAACAAAAAUUUCCAAACACAAUUUUUUAGAACAACUAUUUUACUUUAAGCGUAAAGGUACCGCGAUUUAAGAUUUUCCUGAAUAAUUCUUACAUUAUUUUAUUGUUUGCCAAUUUUACAGCUUCAUAUUUUGCAUGCACUGGCAAACAUUUGGUGAAAAUUUGUUACUGAAAAAUCUGGCUGAUAUCGAGCGCACAGUAGCAAUUUUCCGCAAAUGCCAAAAAGGGUGUCCUCACUCCUGUAACCUUAAAACAUGUCUAGGUAAAACAUGUCUAGGCGUGCAUAGGUAAAUCAAUUAAAAUGCACGUGGCGGCUCUGUGCCUUGAAGGACUCUGAUUAGGAUUUAAUGGAGCGACGUUUUGUUUGUUUAGAUUGCAAUGUUUGUUUCAAAUAUUUCCUCAGACAAACAUCCAGAAGAAACAGGGAUUGCUGUGUUGUUUGGUGUGACAUUGGUACCUUUUUUGGUAUCCCCCAUGGUCACAUAUAUCCUUCACGGUCACUACCAAGAAGAAUUUAAGAAGUUCUGGGAUGGUGUGCACAAGUAUUUGACAUCAAAAAUAGGAAAACCCACAUCCACAUCGGGUAUCUCAGAUUCAUAAACCCAUACUAAACUGCAUAAUAAGCUGUUUUCUAUGUUGUUUAAGUUUGGCACCAGUUCGAGGCUUGAUUAGAUUGGGGGCCUUCCCAGAAAGGGGAAGGCUUAUUAUAGAGAGCAGAAGGUUUGUCUUAUAUUAGAAGGCUUGUCCUAUAUUCGAGGGCUUGUCCUAUAUUAGAAGGGGCCCACAUAACAGUAUUAGAGAGUGGGAGCUUAUUAGAGAAACUUAUGGGGGAUUUAUUGGAGAUGACAUACAGUAUAAAAGGAAUGGGUUACUACAGCCAAAUGACUCAUUUCAGGCAGGGGAAUAGUAAAGGAUUUACUGUAGUUGUAGUCCUAAUUGUGUUUAAUGUUAACCCAGGGCAAUCAGAAACAUGUACUACCUCACAUGGAAACAAUCUAAUUCUUGAAGACUUGAAAGUUGAUACGUUGAAGAUGUGACCAUCGAAGAAGGCUCAGCGAAGACAUUAUGUCAAAAUAGGAACAAAUUUUAUCCCUAGAUUCUCUAAUAUAUUAAGAAUUCUUUGUGGACAUACACACUUAGUUACUUUUGCAGAAUGCCUUUUUACUGAGGUAAAUACGAACAUAAAAUGAACUGUCCAUGCCAGGCAAUAAUUAUGAGCAUGUGUAUAUAUAUACAUGUAUAUCUGGGAGAAGUAUUUUAUUAUUUGUAAACCGCACAUCGCAACACUUAAUCGUCGCAACGAACUUGUCUCCACGUGUAUAGACACGCUAAUAAAUUUCUACUUAAAAUCUUUAUAACUUGAUACUAAUAUUUUCGUGACACUACUUGAGGUGUUAAUUGAUUUGUAAUUAGAUAAGCGUCCUUUAUACACCAUAUGUACAUAUUUAAAAAGUUCGUUAGAAGCUAGAGGUCAAACAUAUAGGCUAUUUAUCUGAAGAGUGCCACGUUAUUUACGUGGUACGAAACUGAGUGUAUAGUAAUAAAUAUGCCAAAC